GCGCCACAAGGCGAACCUCGACGACGACAACAGAACAACAAGGAAUACCACCCGACCGAUCCCCCAAACCCACGUCAAUUACAAUCGCGCAUCUGAGCGCUCGCGACACAACACACGGAAACAUAUCGAUCAAGCCAUUUAAUACCAUCACAAGAAAACAUCCGCCAAGAUGGGCGACGUCCUUGUCGAGACCCCGGCCAGUGUGACCCAGCCUCAAAAGAAGUCCGCCCCUUCGGCGAUCCCCAACAUCGAGACCUUCGAGGGCGUGUCAACAGAAGGCGGUGAUGACUACAUUACCUUGAAGAAGCUUCAGAGGCAGCUGGAAUACAUCAAGCUGCAGGAGGAAUACAUCAAGGAUGAGCAGAGGAGCUUGAAGCGUGAGCUUGUACGUGCCCAGGAGGAAAUCAAGAGGAUUCAGAGUGUUCCCCUGGUGAUUGGACAGUUCAUGGAAGCUAUCGAUCAAAACACGGGUAUCGUUCAAUCCAGUACUGGCUCAAACUACGUCGUCCGUAUCCUUUCGACUCUCGAUCGCGAGCUCCUCAAGCCCUCAUCCUCCGUAGCGCUCCACCGUCACUCUAAUGCCGUCGUCGAUAUUUUGCCGCCCGAGGCUGACUCCUCCAUUGCUAUGCUCGGUGCCGACGAGAAGCCCGACGUUACAUAUGCCGAUGUUGGAGGGUUGGAUAUGCAGAAGCAGGAAAUUCGGGAAGCCGUUGAGCUGCCCCUAACACACUUUGAUCUUUACAAGCAGAUCGGCAUUGACCCUCCGCGCGGUGUCCUUCUCUAUGGUCCUCCUGGUACCGGCAAGACAAUGUUGGUCAAGGCGGUCGCAAACUCGACGACAGCGAACUUUAUCCGCGUCGUCGGUUCCGAGUUCGUACAAAAGUAUCUUGGUGAGGGUCCUCGCAUGGUGCGCGACGUCUUCCGCAUGGCUCGUGAGAACGCGCCCGCCAUCAUCUUCAUCGAUGAAAUCGAUGCCAUUGCGACGAAGCGAUUCGACGCGCAGACGGGUGCCGAUCGUGAGGUGCAGAGAAUUCUGCUCGAAUUGCUCAACCAGAUGGACGGUUUCGACCAGACCGCCAACGUCAAGGUUAUUAUGGCCACCAACCGUGCCGACACUCUCGAUCCCGCCCUGCUGCGUCCCGGUCGUCUUGAUCGCAAGAUCGAGUUCCCCAAUCUGCGCGAUCGCCGCGAGCGCCGUCUUAUCUUCACCACGAUUGCUGGCAAGAUGAGCUUGGCCCCUGAGGUCGACCUUGACAGCUUGAUUGUCCGCAACGAUCCUCUCAGCGGUGCCGUCAUCGCUGCCAUUAUGCAGGAGGCCGGUCUGCGCGCAGUACGGAAGAACAGGUACAACAUCAUCCAGGCUGAUUUGGAGGACGCCUACAGCAGCCAAGUGAAGGGUACGAGCGACGAGAACAAGUUUGAUUUCUACAAGUAAACUAUCGGCGUCAUGGGCUAGCUGUGUUGGGGUCGAGGACCACGGAACAUGUGGGAGAUUGCAUUUUGGGUGGGUUGGUGCUAUGCUUCUUGCUGCCUUGGGAAAAUAUAGUUUGUGCCCCAGAUCAGCAGGGACUAUAGACGUUCAUAGAAGCGAACCAAUUUGUACACUAGCGAAUAAAUCUAGAGCGGUACCACCAUAUAUAUAUGUGCGUACCUCUCUGGAGUUGCUCCAACUGAAUUUGCAGUAGCACCCAAUUGAAAAGUAGCAAGAUG